AUGAAUUAAAAUGAUGAGAAUUCAAGCCUCUCAGAAGUUAAUAAAACUAUAGAAGAUAGAAAGGAUUUUGUAUUUAUAUCAAGUAUUUUUAUUCUCACAAGCUCAAUUACAACAUAUUUUUAUGUUACAUUAAUCAAACAAUUCUUAUCUCUUGGUUUAAUGCCUUUUGAAUUAAAAUUAUUUGAAUUGCUCCUAAUACCAUAAUAUCUCAAAUUAAUAAUAUGUCCUAUAUUAGAUACCUUUUUCUUAAGAUAAUUUGGAAGAAGAAAAACUUAUAUAAUUAUAAUAUUAUUUCUGUUAACAAUUUAUUGUAUUGUACUUAGUAUAAUUUAUGAAGAAUUAAUAACAAAUUUAAAAUUGGGAGUUGUUCGUAAUUUAGCACUUAUUCAACUUAUUCUAGUUUUAAUUUUAGAAAUUGUAACAGAAGCAUGGAUAGUCGAUUAUGUUUAUGAUGAUAAUUAUAAAUUUGCUGCAGCUAUCAAAUAUACAGUUACUUUAAUUAGUUCUACAGUAACAACUGAAAUAUUACAUACUUCUAGGACUUAUUUUAUUGUAAUCUCUAUAUACUCAAUAAUCAUGCUUAUUUAUACAUAUAAAUACAAAAUUGAAAAUGAUUAAUAUUAAUCAAAAAUGAGGAUUAAAUCAUUAUGUAAGAGAUUAAAGACUUUUUAUGAAUAAAUUUUUGAUAAGAGUUAUUAAUUUAAACUCUUUUUUUUAUUUUCAUCAAUGAUUGGUUUUGGAUAUGCAGAAAAUAUAAUUGAAGAAGUAAUACUUUAAUAGAAUUUUCUAAAUUUGAAUUAAAUCAAAUUCUAAUGGAUGAUAAUAAUUUGUAUAAUUUUAUCACUUAGUGUUAUAUCAUUAAUAUUAAUGAAAUUCAAAAUAGCUCCAAUAUAUUUAAUAGUUGUAAUCUUAAGAAAUUUAAAUAAUUUCUUUAUUUCAAUUUGUUACAAUUAUUUUCCUUCGAAUAUAGAUGUAUAUUUUAUUAUUUAUUAUAGAAUAUCAUUUCAAUAUAUAAAUUAAUUGAAGAAUCAUCUAAAGCUAUGCAUUUUACAUUGCUAUAUAUUUUAAUUUAUGAUAGUACUAAAUAAAAAUUGAGUGCAACUAUGAUGAUUGCUUUUUUAUUAAUACUAAAAUUAGGAUAAGAUGGAAAUAGAUUAUUAUCAAACUAUUUAUAUAAUUCAUUUGGAUCUCCAGCUGAUGCUAUAAUUGGAAUUAUUAUAUAGACUUUUAAUUUAUUAUUUGCACUAGAUUAUCGCGAAGCCAUAUUUUAUAAAUGA